UUUGUUUUCUUUAACUUAAGUCACGCCGGUUGUUUUUUAAAUUACCCGAUUUUUGAGUUAGGGAAGGCUUUUUCUACAAGUAUUUUUCCUCCAUUUUCUCGCUUUUUACAGCUAAUUUUGUUUUUUGGUUACUAUGACUACAUCAUCUUUAAAGAAUUUUUCUUCCAUUUUUCUCGCAUUUGCUUCUAGAAAAAUUCUCUGUUUAAUUUUUAUUGACAAAAAAUGAAUGUAAAUACAAGCAGUAAAUGGACAAGAGCUUUAUGGGAACCUGCAGCAAAUAUACAAACAAGUAAAGAUUUUGUAGUUUUGAGUGACCUGCAAGGAAGAGGCGAUUAUCAACUAAUUCUUGUAGAUGAGUCUUCUCUACCGUUCAAAUUAAAAUUGUUUAAAGGGUUGAAACCAAUUGUUGAAUCUGCCCUAGCUGAAUGCCCAACAGGAAUUGUUGGAUUUGCUUGUGAUUCGGGCAAUUCAGAUUCAACAUGUUUAGCUGUUGCUUGUGGUUCUAGCCUUCUCAUCUACAGAAAUAUGAAACCAUAUUAUCGUUAUAAUGUACCUCAAAGGGAUAUUUUGACACCUGAAAUGGAAUUGUGGGGGCUUUUAAUUAAAUCUCAAAUUCAGAAAGGACAGUUAUUGGAAGGAUUAAAGCAACUUCAACAGCAACAUUCAAUUUCUGAAUUAAGCCAUCAAAGUCAACGUUUAUUAACUUUUGAGGAAGACAAUUCAGUUGAAAAUAUUCAAGAAAUUCAAAAUUUAUUUAUUGACUUUGUUUUGAAGAAUAAUAGUAAAGAAAUUAAAGAAAAUGAAAAUUAUGGAAAUGUUGAAAAUUUGGUUAAUCCCAUACCUCCACCCUUAACUAAUAUAUUAAUUACUUGUAUUUGUACAAUUCCAAGGAAUCAGUCAGUUAAUUCUGCUGUGGUUUGAUUUUUUAAUUUUUUUUUCGAAAUUGGUGGGGUAAUUGUGUUGUUCUUCUCCUUUCCUUUUUUUGAAAUUUAUUUUUGGGUUCCCUUUAGAAUUUAUUUUUGGGUUAUCUUUGGGUUCCCUUUAUAUUCUGACAAUGAAGCAUAUUUUUUUGAUUUGAUUCCCUACGUUAACCGUGUCAGG